CAGUAUAAAUACGUAAGGAUUUUCUCUCGUGCUAGUAGUGCAUUAUUCGAGCAAAAUGGACAAGUUUUUUUUAGUGGCGUUCUUGGCUGUGGCGGCCCACUCGCUGGAAUAUAAGGGCUACGGAGGGCCCAUUUUGGCCAAAGUCGAACCAGUGGCCUAUCCCAAGUAUCAUUUCGAGUAUGGAGUGAAAGAUGGGCAUACCGGUGAUAUCAAGGAACAGACAGAGGAGAGAGAUGGCGAUGUGGUCAAAGGCGAGUACUCCUUGGUGGAACCCGAUGGUACCAUCAGGAAAGUCCAGUACCAGGACGAUGGGCACAGCGGGUUCAAUGCGAUUGUCACCAGGACGGGGCAUGCCGUGCAUCCGCAGCCCGCCAUACCAUUGGCCUAUGGGACAUACCAUCACUAAAGUUUUACACAAUCACCAUGUAUAUUUGUAAUUUCGUUAAUAAAGUGUUUAUUUUUUUGAA